UAUAGCGGUGAUGCUGCCACAAAAUGUCGUGGGGCUCUUUUUUGCCUACCUGAUCCUUAUGGAUGUUCAUGUGACGUCGGUGCCCAUGGUCUUGCAUGUACCACACUAUGUACUGGUGGUACAUAUGGUCCAGGAUGUUCACAGACAUGUCACUGUGCAGAUGGUUCAUCAUGUCAUAUUUAUAGUGGAAUAUGUUCAGGUGGAUGUCAGACUGGCUGGUCUGGGGACAACUGUCAAAUUCCAGAUGAAUGUGAAGCCGGUUACUAUGGAUCUCAAUGCGCUGACAAAUGUAAUUGCUUUAAUGAUGAACCAUGUGAUAAAGAUACCGGAAGUUGCCCUGACGGGCCUGAGCAGAAAGUGUGAAGGGGGUACCUUUGGCUUGGAUUGUCUUCAGCAAUGUCAUUGUGCUCAAGAGGCUUGCGAGACGGAGAGGGGUCUAUGCAAGGGACAAUGCCUUGAUAGCUGGAUUGAACCGUACUGCCUUCAAGGAAUAUCCAGAUUAGUUCCAGUGAGAGUGAACCCAUACCAACCAUCUAGCUUCACAUGUUAUGUUGAGGGUAUCCCACUUCACGAUGCAUCCUCAGUUGAUCUUUAUCGACGUACUGGAAGCACCAAUAACAGGACAGGAAUCACCAGAGGAUCUACCACUGUCUCAGGGUCAGAACGAGCUGUUGUCUUUGAUGUUGAUAGUGUGUAUCCACUGGAAUAUGGGGAAUACGUUUGCUCUCUUACUUUUGAAAGUGAAAGCUAUACCAGGACGCCUAUUACCAAUGCAACCUAUGUUCUACCAGUCAUUGAGAAAGCACCAGUGAUAAUGAGCACCAUGUCAGCUACAAUUGGUCUUGAAUGGAACGCAUGGUCUGAAGGAGAUGACAUAGGUGAUCCUCCUCUGGUAGGAUAUGAUGUCUUUGUAAAGAAGGAUGGUGACUUGGUAAUGAAUCAGAGAGUAGACCAACCCAUAACAUCAGCCAUCGUUAGUAACCUGACACCUGACUCAAAUUACAGGUUUGGUGUAGCAGCAGUGAGGGAAGGAACAGGUGGAACAGGACCCAUGUCUCAUACGAAUAACACAUUAACUCUCUGUAGAAAACCCAGUGCUUCUCCAACUGGACUACAAGUUUCAGCCAUCAACCAUAGAGAGCUAGAGGUGACAUGGGAGCACCUCCCGUCGAAAUCAGCAGAAUGCAGGAGUGGAGUGACCAAUUAUAUGAUCUACUACGCUCCAACUGGAUCAACUUCUUCAAACUCUAUCUUGGUUCGUAAUGACACAAGCUCUUACACGUUAGGAGGGUUGGAUACUUAUCUGAACUAUACCAUUCAAUUAACUGCAUCAAAUAAAGACGAGGAAAGUGACAGGAGCAGUGAGACUAUCGGCAAAACACUUGAAGAAGUUGCACCUAGUCCUAUCAAUGUGGCUAUACCGCGGAGUACUACAAGCUCCUUCACUGUAUCCUGGUCUACCCCUCUACCAUCUAACAUCAAUGGUAACAUCCAGAAGUAUAUCAUCCGCUACCAGCAAACUGAUCCCGUUGUUAAUGGUGACUAUACGUCAGAGGAAGUAUUGAACGGUGCGUUUGAAGGAGAGCAUACUGUGGUAGAUCUACCCCGUGAAAUCAACUAUACAGUCCAGGUACAGACUGUUAAUGUAGCUGGUUCUAGUAAUUGGUCAGAACCUGUGAAUGCUAAGACGAUACAAUCAGCUAAUUGA